AUGUGUCUGGUUUCCCAGGACCAGGAGGUGCAGGACAGCCGCAUCGGGGCACAUGAGCAGCCAAGCCCCUCACCUCCCUCCCUCUCCCCCUCCUCAGCACCUCCCUGGAACAGGUCCCACUCCCCCAGCCCCUCUCGGCUCAGCCUCGCUGCUGCUGGGACCCUCCUGCCCCUCUGCAUUGCUCAGGAGCCCCGGCAGCAGCCCCUGUACCAGCAGUCGCCCUACGGACCCUGCCACUAUGAGAUGAAGCAGUUCCUGGAAUGCGCUACCAACCAGAGCGACCUGACCUUGUGCGAGGGCUUCAGCGAGGCUCUGAAGCAGUGCAAGCACAGCAAUGGUGUUUCUUCUCUCCUGUGA